AUGGAAGUGGACGGCGGAAAACGAAAGCGAGAGGAGGAUCAGUUACCGAGCAUUACUUAUCUCGUCGGAGAUAGGUCUUUUGAUAGACUUUUCAAGGAACAAUCUCUCGAAGAAAUUCAGAACGUUGUACGGCGAAAACUGCAGCUACCGUCAAACUCGACGGUCAAGCUAAAGCAGCUGCGUGGCAGCAAGGUUAUUGAUUUGGAUGAUGAUGAUGAUUUCGAUGCGUUCUCCGCGCGCGCAAGAUUAAUGAAGUUGGUUGAUGUAGCAGUGGAGAUCUCAACCUCUCCUGCACAAGAGGCUAUACCUUCCGCCAGCACGAGGGAAGCGUCAAAGACUUCCGAGACUGGCAUGGCGAAGAAGAAACGCAAAGCCAAUAAUGACCAGCCUCCUAAAGAUGCUAAUUCGACUGUGGCACCCGAACCAAAGACUAAGAAACAGAAGACAGAACAGCCUGCAGUGACCAAGCAUACGGAGACUGCGCCAACUUCCAAGGUCGCCUCUAACGACAGUUUUGUUAGAGAAUUCAUUGAGAGACUUGGGAGAAAGGAGCCCGCCCCAGUCAGUGCUCCAGCAGAAUCCCCACCGAAGCCCUCUGCGAAGCUCUCUGUCUUGAUCAGCACCAAAGCGCCCGUCCCCACUGAUGGAGAACCGUCGAAGAAGAAACCAAAAGUUGCGAAGGCUGGUAUAGUCAAGGAUGAUGCAGAGAAGCCGCCAAAGAAGACCAAGAAGGCGAAGGAGACCGAACAGGCCAAGGGGACCUCGAGCCUACCAGUAUCAGAUGAUCAUGUAGCCCCGGCUCCUUCUGGUCCCUCAGAACCGCCAAAGAAAUCAUUGGGGACGAAGAAGAUUACCACACAAUCAUCGGCUCUUCAGUCUGCUGAGGGCGAGAAAUCCGUGAACGGUGUAGUUGGCGGCGCAGCUGCCUCUAAAAAAAAGAAGCAGAGCAAAGUGAAGGGUAGAGAAGUUGAAAGUGAAAGUGAAGCGGCUCCAAGCGAACCAGCUCCUGAGACAUCUGGUUCGUUCGAGAGCCAUCAGGAGUUCCUUGUCACCAAUGAUUUUACUGCAGCUUCGACGAAAGGCCGCAAGAAAGUUGCAAACGCGGGAGCUUCAGAAGCUCCAGCCCCGAAAGAAAGGGCAAAGAAGCAUCGACUCACUAUCAAGGAUUUGGAGUCGCUGUUAAAGUCUCCUAUUGCUGCAGUGCCUUCCGCAAAACGCGAUGCAGCAGAUACCACGAAGCCAUCACGGAAGCCUUUGGAGACUGACGACGAGUCUGAAGGGGAAGCUACGAAAGCAGAUAAGGAGUCUCAACCUUCUUGGACGCCCCUUGUGCCAAGUCACUCGCUACUUUCAGAGGUGACUGUGGAGAGCCGCAACGAAGGAAGCAGUUCGGAGGAAGAAGACGAGAUUGCUCAGGAGCCAGAACGAAAGGAGCCAGAGCAGGAGGAACCAGAACAAGAGGAGCAUGAGCCUGAACUUGGUCAGGCUUCGCUCGAAGACGUUGAUUUGGACGCCAUCAUGCGAGGUCCGGGGCCAAUCAAACUUCGCAAAUUGAUCGAUACCUUGGAGUCGAAAGAAGAAGAAGAAUCAGAUACCGAGGACGAAGGCGGUGAUAUUGGGCCUCUGGAAGUUGAAGACGAUGGCGAGAAUGAGCGGAAGUACCGUCGAUUAUCGCGGCGCUGGGUGAAUUCAUCUGAAGAGGAAGGGGACGAAGACGACGAGAGCGAGCAGCACUCGACGCCCCGGCUAAAACAAAACAUUUCCGAGCCGUUGGCUUCAACUGCCGCGCCGAAACCUUCUGUGGGUCCUGAUGAGACGUCUAACGCUACAAACCCAGCUGGAAGCAAGAAAGAUGGUGUGCAAGGAGAUGCUUUUGACACGGAUGUCACCCGUGUUUCUGUGUCAAAGGUUCAGGAUGGCGACAAAGACUCGACCAAAGAUGCUGGUAAAGCACCUGAGGUUGUAGGCCUGGACAAAGCAUCAGAUACGUCGCCCGCCCGCGCCGACGAUCUGAUGGAUUUCCAGCAUGUGAUAACAUCUGAUAAUGACCCUAUCGAAAUUACGACACCGCCGACUCAGAAAACUGCAAAACUACUUUCUCCAGUCGCCCACUCGACUCCAAAGUCUGGCCUAGCAAAAAGGAUGAAGAAUCGACACGGGCAACUUCCCAGCCCGUUGCAAUUUCCUGUACGUGCUGAUGAAUCCAAGGUGAAUGGAUCCCAGAGAGCAGGCACUGAGAGGAAGAAGAACGCUGCCACUCGGGCAGGCAAUGACAAACCUUUGAUUCGCAACGGUAAUGGAGCAACACGAGCAGACCUCCUUCGCAUCUCUUCGCAACCAGUCAAAAGGAGCACAAACUCGAACGGUCAUGGCGCUACACCAUCUCAUUCGCAACCUUUGCCGAAAGCUCCAGCUUCUCUUGCUAAAUGGUCUGUCCUUCGUGAACCUUCGCCGUCCAUGUUGAUGGACGAACUUGACAGUUCUCUCAUUGGGCAGGGUGGCAUGCUUGGCAAACUUGCUGGCAAAGCACCUGAUCAAAACAGCGCGGGAGAACAUUCUGAUGAUGAUUCAGCAGACAAAGCCGGCAGGUCACUUUUCACGUUGCCGGCGAGUCAAGUACCCUUUCCACACUCGCAGUAUAAUGCAUCUAUCCAGAAACGCAUGGAGAUAGUUCCGGACUCGGAGUCUGAAUCCGAGGCGGAGGCCGGAGGCAAGAAGAAGACGACGAAUGCUAAAACCAGCAGAUCGAUACCACCCUACCGUAGACUCACGGAUAUUGCGAGUCAAGCAUCGCUUUUCUCCCAGAGUACUCCGGUUGCACCUCAUUCGAGUACCCUAACUAAUGGUAUGGGAGGGCGGGCGGAUGAUGACGAUGACGACGACGACGACGAUUCGUCAUCCGAAUCUGAUGACGAGGGCCAGUCACACAUCCCACAAGGGAAAAGGGCAGGGAAUCUACGCUCGAAAAAGACGAAGGGACUUUUGGCGUCUAUGGUUUACUGA